UAUGGAGAAGGCAUUGUUUUUUUAAAAUUUUGGUAGUAUUGUAAUGUUUGCAGUAAUUGGUACCUUAAUAGCAACAUUUGUAACAGCAUUUAGUUUAUAAUUGGUUGGAUUACUUAUCUAAGUAUAUAAAUUAUAAUUAAUGCAAAAUUUUAGAAAUUAUCAUUAACUAGUAGUUAUGCAUUCGGAUCUUUAAUAUCCUCUACUGAUCCAGUAGCUGUGUUAGCAAUAUUUAAAUAAUUAGAUGCUGAUAAACAUAUUCAUAUUCUACUUUAUGGAGAAAGUAUUCUUAAUGAUGCAAUUUCUCUUUUAUUAUAUGAGUAUUUGAUUUAAUGAAUAAUUAAUUUUAGAAUAUCUGGAAGAAUUUGGAAUUAAGAAGUUGUUGGUUAUGGGGAAGCAAUGAAAUAAUUUUUAACAAUGUUUAUAGUAUCAAUUGCAAUAGGUAUAAUAAUUGGUGUUUUAUGUGCAUAUGUAUUUAUUGAUAAUAGAAUAUAAUAGAUUUUGAAAGUAAAAGAGGAAGUUUCUUAUGAAACAGAACAUAUUGAAGUAUCAGUUACUGUAAUAAUUCCAUGGGUUUGUUAUUUAAUAUCAUAAGCUGUUGGUUAUUCAGGAAUAGUAAGUAUUGUAUUUUGUGGUAUUGUUAUGGCUAAAUAUGCUUUACCUAAUUUAUCUGAAAGUGGAAAAGAAGUAAAUUAUAAAAAAGAUUUCUAUUUUUAGUUAUUAAAUAAAUUCUAUCAUAUAUUGUCUUACAAUUUUGAAAAUUUAGUCUUUCUAUUUAUAGGGAUAGGUGUAGUUGGUUAUGAUUUAGCUUGGAAUGAAAUGGGAAUAGUUUUGGCUAUAUCUUCUAUAUUGAUUGUAAUAGUGGCUAGAUAUAUAAAUAUAAAAAUUGUUAGUUUUAUACUCAAUAGAUAUCGUCAUGAUAAUUUUAUAAAACCAAAUCAUCAAAAAGCAAUGUGGUUUUGUGGAUUAAGAGGUGCAAUGGCUUAUGCUUUGGCUUUAGAUGCAGCUGAUACUUUUAAAGAAGAAGGAGAAAUUAUAUUAACAAUGACAGUAGUUAUAAUUGCUUUAAAUGUAAUAUAUGAUUUAAUAUGCAAUUAUAAAUUUAGAUUUUUGUUUAAGGUUCAGCUUUAUAAUAUGUAUUGGAAAAAUGUGAUAUUUAAGAGAAACCUAAAGAGAUUUCAUCUGAAAUUAAUGUGAAGGAUUUCCAAUCAGAAAAUGGUAUAAGAAUAGCACAUCAAAAAGGAUGGGUACAUAGAAUGAAAGAUUGUUUAGAGAAAUGUGAUGAGAAAGUCUUUUAAGAAUUUUUGGUGAAGAAGUAAAUGAUUAUUGUUGAUUGGAUAGGAGAGAACUCACUCCAGUAAGACAGGCAGAGUCACAUUGA